AUGCAAUCCGUACUUCAUCCUAUAAUCGGUCCCAAGAAAGAGAUCCACGACCUCGAUGGGCGCGUCGCGGUUAUCACUGGUGGUGCGAUGGGAAUUGGUUACGAAAUUGCUCGCGCCUUCGUCCAAAAUAAAUGCCGUGUAAUAAUGGUAAACCGAAAAGAAGAGCAGGGGUCCGAAGCAAUCAAGAAGAUCAAAGAAGAAGUAGGCGACCAGGCACAGAUCGAAUGGUUACCAUGCGACAUGGGAUCAUUGAAGGAAGUCAAGAAAGUAUUCACAGAUCUGAGAGAGAGGGAAAGUAGACUUGAUCUUUUAAUCCUCUCCGCCGGCAUCAACGCAAACCAAUUCGGCCUCGACGCCGACGGCAUCGACCGCCACUUCGGCGUAAACUGGCUCGGCCAAUUCUACGUCGUAAACCUACUCUACCCACUCCUCCGCAAGACCUCCAAACUCCCCGACACACCCGCUCCACGCAUCGUCUUCGAGGCUUCCGAACAACAUCGCGCCGCGCCCCCCGACGUGCAUUUCGGCUCGCUAGAGGAGAUUAACGAUGAGAAUAUCGGCAGUCUCCGCGUUUAUGGACGGACGAAAUUGGCGAUCAUCCUGGGCGUGAAGUAUGGCAUUGUGGAGAAGGUGAUUAAGAGGAAUGGGGAUAAUAUCUAUGCGACGAGUGUCCAUCCCGGCGCGGUUAAUACGGCGAUGCAGCAGCAGUGGAAAGAUGCGUAUCCGGGACUGCUUGGGAAGAUGAUUACUGGGGUUAUGUUAGCGGCUGGGAGGGAUGUUGAGCAGGGCUCUUACAGUGCUUUAUACGCAGCCACCAGCCCCGAAAUCGAAGAAAAAGGCUGGAACGGUUAUUACUUCUCAGACCCCGGCCAACCAGGAAAAGAAACCAGUCAGGCGUCAGACCCAAAGCUUGGCGCGGCGCUGUGGGAUCUUAGUGAGAGGCUUAUCAAAGAUAAGGUUGGUGAUGAUGCGUUGGUUGAUUGGAGUUCGUGA